CGUCGAGGCUCUCACGCCUGCCGCCUGCUGUACUGGAGGAGACACAAGGCUGUGCUCCAAAUAACAAUAAAGGAGACACAAGGCUGUUUUUAACUUCAAAAGAGAAAAUAAGAGAGGUUGGCCAGUGCCUACAGCGCAUGCGCAACACUUUCACACAUGCGCAGGGUUUCGAGCUGUGUGUGGAUGUUCCAUCAUGGCGGCUGCGUCCAGUCGGGUAGAACAAGCUUCACCGGUUAAAACAGCGCCGCCGAUAGCCGCUGGUUUCGACCUGUCAGACCCGCCGGUCAUCGACGGCUUCACUCCUCUCUCCCGGCCCAGAGAAGAGGGGUUUAAAGACAAAUUCAUACGGAAAACCAAAGAAAACCCGUUUGUCCCUAUCGGUUGCUUGGGCACUGCAGGAGCGCUGAUCUACGGCCUCCGAGCCUUCAAACAGGGGAAGACGCGCCAGUCCCAGUUGCUCAUGCGCACUCGCAUCUUUGCCCAAGGAUUCACCGUCGUAGCCAUUAUAGUGGGCGUCGCUGCAGCGGCACUAAAACCCAGACAGUGAAACGAGGGUUCAGACAUCAAACCUAGCCACACCUUUUCCUCACGGCUCAUGUGAGCUACUGCAACUAACAGAUUUAAUAAAAAAAAAAAAAAGUGUGUUUUGGUCAUCUUCGGAUGAAGCCUUAUAUUGGCAAGCGAUAGGAGUGUGGGGAACCCUACCGCAGUUAGGCGUGUUAGUUCAUUUUUCCCUCUUUCUAUAAAUAGAUAUUGUUUUACAACUAUAUCUAUUUUUCCCAUUUAAGUUUUCUUGUAGUAUCUUGUAAUAGAAUGAGUGUUAAACAUGGGUAAAUGAACAGGCCAAAAAUAAAAUGUUUCUGUGAUUGAUGGCUGAAGAUUACUUCUUGAGUUUUGCACUGGAGAUGCGACAGAAACCUUUAGUUCACACUACCUGGCACACAAAGCAACAUCAACAAAAAGCGACUUUUGAAUCGAGAUUUUCUUAAUGCUAUGCAAAUUUAGUAUGAUCCAAACGCUUGGUUCAAAUGAUUCCUUGGACCAAUCCACUGGCACGUGCAGUCUGGUGCACAGAUAUGGAAGAACAAGUCGAACCUGACAGGGAUGUACCUCCACCACCAAGUCUAGUCCUUCUUGUUACUAAUUUGUAUGAAAGAACUACCAUUUAAAAUGCACUUCAAAUGUUAAGGAAGCUAUGGUAGAGAAACUAUUUCAGACAUUUGACCGUGACCAUGUUUGGAUCAAUUCCAAAAUCUAAGCAGUUCAUCUGCUGGUUUCAAUGAUGAUGAUUACAAAUAAAUUCUAUAAAAAUAUUCAACCAUUUUGUUCUUGUGAUGAUAUGCUAAAGACAAUCUCGAAUCCCAGACAGAUGGACAGAUGGAAGGCAUAAAUUGUAGACUUUUUUUGUAAUGACAACGAAAACAUAGUCCCUUCAGCAACUAUCAGAACAGCAAGGCCAAUUAAUUUGUUUGUGCUGAACACCAAAGAUAUUUGGAUUUGAGAUCAAAAGAUGAAUAUGAAAUAAGAGUUUAGGAUUUCAGCUAUUAUAUCCUGGUAUCUAGAUGUGUUAAACAACAUAGAACCUUUUAUAUCAGACCAUCCAAUUUUUAUGGGAGCAAAAGUAUUGGAACAUAACAGUAUUUGUGUAAAUUAAAGACUUGUUCCAUGUCAGCUUGUUAGUACACCAGUGGUUUCUUUCUUUUUCAGGACAUCCUAAAUUGUUGUAUCGGCUAUGCCCAGUGCUUGUGUAAUGGCUCGGAUUGACAUUUCCCUCUUUUCUCAGCUUUAAAAUGGCUUGCUUUUCUCCCAUAGACAGCUCUCUGGUCUUCAGUUUGCUUUAUCCAUUUUAACAACAGAUGCAGUCUUCACAGAUGAAACCUUGGGUUCAAACCAAGAGUAGACAUUCAGAGCUGUUAAUUCUUUAAACAAUCAAUUUAACCAGGCACACCUGGGCAGCAAGACACACCUAUCACAUGGUUCAAUAUUUUUUGAUCACUUGAAAAAAUGGGUGGGCUCAAACAAAAGGUGCCAUAUUCGAAGUUGUUUAACACAUCUAGAUUGUGUGGAAACAAAAGCUGAAAUUUUCAGCUCAAACCCAAUUGUCUUCAGUGUCAAGCGAUAACUAGAAUUGGCCUUGCUGUUCCAGUACUUUCAGAGGGGACUGUAAUGCUUCCCCGUCUCAGCCGGGGCUUUAUUUUAUCGUCCAACCUUUUCUCAUCAGAAUAAUAAAAAAAAAAACUACUAACAACACGAGUGACAUGACGCUUGCUAGUGUGAACAUAAAGUAAGGGAUGUCGCGAAGAGAUACGAAAGCUACUAGUCUGGAAUAAUUUCAUUUUGUGGUUGCAGUAUCGCAAUCACUGAAAGGUUGUAAUGUUAUAUUUUUCACAUUUCCAGUUGAAAAAGUGGAAUAAACAAUCUCAACCAUGAAAA